AUGGAUGUAGAGAUAGAGGAGUUGAAGGCUGUGCUGCGUGACAAGAUUUCUGAGAAAGAAUUCUCCAAGUUCACUGAUGCCGACCUGGCAAAGCUCGCCACGAAUGGGUUUACUGAUACUGAGUCUUUUGAGGCCGCGAAGCAGGAUAUGCUCAUUGUUGCACUGAAAACUUUCCUGCCUGAGCCCUAUGGAAUCGGCGGAUCUGUGCCCCAUAAUAUCGGCGGAUCUUUGAUUAAAUGUUUGGACGCCGCCUGGGACGAUGUUAUCGGCGUCAGUUGGGACAGAUUUCCACCUCUGGAGAGUUUUAAGAGCGACUUUCCUGGAUGCUCCGGGAAAGUCUCCACAAUAAGGAACAGGCAGAUCUGUUAUGGAACGGACUGGAGGAUGUUGCCUACCAGGCCAAGGCAAUUGAGGAUCAUGUUCGGGUUGCUGAAGCCAAGUAUUGCGUGCUGCUAAAUGCUUCCGGGAGUGGCAAAACCAGAAGUCUCUAUGAGCUUUCAGUGGCAGGCAGUCCUCUCGGUCUGACUAAAGGGGAGGGUUCAUGCGAUCUCUUGUACAUAAGCGAGUUUCUGCUUGCCUUAUACGGAUUAGAAAUGAUCCCGAGUGAGGCGGUGGAGUGCGUUACAGCAGCUUGACUGGUUUGCAGGCUGUCCGUCUACAGGCGCCUGGUAAGUUUGGUAAGUUUCAAGAAGAUAGUCUUGGACUUUGUUGCUAGACUUGGCCUGCUCAUUUGACUGUGGGUAGUACUUAUUGCUCUUCAUGUGUUUGACCUGCAAGAGCUAAUGAGAUAGAACAAGAAAUAACCAAGAAGAAAAUGAGUAAACAACUUUAACUAGAGAUGAGUUGAGCUC